CCAACACUCCUCCCGCCUUCCCCUGACCCCUCCCCCAUGUCGACCGCCACCCUCCACCACCUCCCACAACAACACGAGCUCGUCCACACCUGGGCGAACUGGAGGCCAACAAAGAACGAGCCGCCCCUCACUCCGCCGCACUCGACCGUCCCACAAAGACGCGUCGUGACCCACCACCAUACACCGACGGUGCUUCCGCCCAUCUCCUACUUCGACAGGAGCAUCUCGCGUCAUUCACCAGUCACCCCGCCACCUUCGGAGGACUACGCGAAGUGGGACCAGUAUGACGCCUCGUCCUACCGUCUACCGGCAGUGGUUGCGCCAGCCCCUCCACGCUCGCUCGAGCCCUCCCCUUCGUCCUCGACCCAGUACGAACCACCAGAAGACCCGUUCGCCUCGACGUCAUACACGCUCGACUGGUUUGGCAGCGACUCGCACCGCUCCUCGCGCUUCAUAGCGGAGAAGACCUGCGAGAUGGUCUGCUACCUCUGGUUCUCGACGCUCUCGAGUAACAACGCGUCCCCCUCCAAGCGGAACCGCGUCAACUCGAGCCAGCACGCGUCCUUCUCUCCGCAUAGCAAUUCGUCGACCGCUAUGCUGCAGUUCUCCGUCUCGCCCGCAUUCGUACGCUUCAUGCAAAAAGUACUCGAGACGACGCAGGUCAGCCAGUCGGUCAUUGUCUUAUCCCUCCGGUACAUCUACCGUCUCAAGGCGCGUAACCCCUACACGUCCGGCAUGGCGGGAAGUGAGUACCGGGUGGCGAUCGCGGCACUGAUGCUCGCGAACAAGUUCGUGGAUGACAACACGUACACGAACAAGACGUGGUCGGAGGUGUCUGGGAUCGAGCUGUCGGAGGUGAACCGGAUGGAGCGGGAGUUCCUGCUCGGGAUCGACUUCGGGCUCUACGUGGACAAGACGACGUACGAGUCGUGGCUGAACCUGCUCAAGGGGCUCGUCAUGGCCAAGGAGCGCGACUCGAAGCACUGGCAGCGGUCGCGGUGCCCCGUCCGGACUUCGCACUUGCAUCGCCCGCACUGUCACAGGCACGCGCACGCGCCGCAAUCACGUGCCGUGUCACACCGCGCCCGAUCGUCGUCGCCCCGCCGCUCCUCCAUCUGCGCCGCCUCCCAUUCCCCCGCCUACGCUGCCCCCCGUCCCCAGCAGUACACGCCCGCAUCCACCCACCUCUCGCCCUACGCGACGCCCGCUCGCUCCGACUACCCCGCCGGUUCCAAGCGUUCCGCCGAGGCCGCCUUCUCCCCCACCUCCGCCUCGUUCCCGGCAGCACAGCAGCCCCCCGCACAGGUCCCAAGGCGGGCGCACGGCCUCACUCUGGACAUCCCGCAGCCAUUAGCACACUCUCGGGAAAGCUCCGCGUCCCCGCUCGAGUCGCUGCAGUCGUUCUCCAAGCUCUCUCUUGGGCACUCGCCAGCCGACCACGGCUCCGUGCACGUAUGGCCCGCCGUCCGGCACGACGACUACCCACGGACACUGGUGUCUGCCUAUCGCAUGGACGAUCAGCGUCAGGCGGUCGCUCCUCAGCAUCUGUACUUCUACUCGCUAGCAGGCUCGCCUAUGGAGUCGGAAGAGGAGCGUCGCUCGCGCAAGGCCAGACUUCGCUACUCCCAGGCACCUAUGCCCAUCGCCCCCGCAUACCACUAUCCGCCUUCCAUGCCCAUGGUCGUGCAGUCGGCGUCGACAAGUCCGUACGAGAUGCACACGUCGAUUCCCGCUCCCCAGCCCGUUCUACCGCCGUUCUCGGAGGUAUCACAGGGCUGGAUGGACGCAAACGGCGUCUCGGUCGCUGAGACCGCACAGCUCCCUCCGAUCCACAUCGAGCAGCAUUCCCAGCAUCAGACACAGUCUGCCGUUCCGUCCGCCUCAUUUGCGAACGCGGGACCCCCAGGGGUCCACUUUUACUCUACUCUGACGCCAGACCCCGCUCCGCAUUAUUACAGGACGCGUGGGCGGCAGGUAUAAUUCUUGGGAGCAUUAUAGUAACAUACGUUAGAACUCUUGCGCACGCGCGGACCUUAUUGCUGCAUUACCGAACAUAUUACUUAUUACGCAUCGCAUCCCCUCCCAGCAUCCCGCACGACCCCCACGCCCAUCACGUCUCGCAUCGCCCGUCGAGCAUUGUAAUAGUCGCCAGAAUUCUGCAUUCGUCGUUAUGCUGCAUACAUACAUUCCCGCAUCACACCUCUUCCUCUCUCCGCUUCAUGGGGUCUCCGCGCAUCCGCAUCCUUGCUGUCCAUCAUCGCAUGUUCUCUUCUCUCGCAUUCAAACAGAGCAACGCGUCUAUCACGUCUCGUCUCCCGU